GCAGAAGCUUUUUCACAUCAGUUUCUUCAGUGGUAUUUCCUCCCAUAUCUUCUGAUGAAGAUAUGGUUUUAUUUGAGGAAUAUUUACAAGACUCCACAAAUUUUAAUAAUGCAGUAUCGGAGCUUGUUAAAGUAGGCGGAUCGAAAGCCUAUGAUUUUGUCUCAAGAGUUGGUAAAUUAAUUAUUACCAAUGAGCAAGCUCUAAAGUACAGUUGGCUGGGACAGAAAGGAAAACAAAAGUUUUGUGAUACCAGAAUUGCAAAUCUAAUAAUUGGUAAAGCUUAUUCUAUAUUUUAUAUAUUUUAUAAUGUUCGUACCUUUUUUAGAGGCAUUAAUAGCAACAAAUUUAGCAAAAACGACAAAAGAAGCACAAUCAGCUAUUCAGUUAUGGUUAAGAAGAGCAUUUGAUAGAAACAACUAUAAAAUCAAUAAAAAAAAUUAAUGUAAAAAUUAGUUUUUAAUAUUUUAAGUAUGUAUGUGUAAAAGUUGA